UUUUGUUGAAAUUAAAAAAAAUGAAUGCUUAACGUCAUGCAAACGAUCAGUAUUUCGCGUUCGUGAUUUUAGUGAUAAAUGGUGAUAUAGUGGACAAUUGUUUGAUGUUCUCAUAAAAAAUAUGAAAAUGGAGUUUGAGAAAAUGAUAGAAGACACCUAUCCAAAUCAGCAACAGACAUCGCUGAAGACCCUGGAGACGGGGACGCGGCCGGUGCCGAGCAGCGCCGGGUACACGUCAGAGCGGGACGCCUGCCUCAACUACUUCACACGAUGGAACGAGACCGACCAGGUCGAGUUCGUGGAGCAGCUGCUGGCGCGCAUGUGCCACUACCAGCACGGGCACAUCAACGCGUACCUCAAGCCCAUGCUGCAGCGGGACUUCAUCAGCCUGCUGCCCAAAAAAGGCCUAGACCACGUGGCAGAAAACAUCUUAUCCUACCUGGACGCGGCGUCCCUCUGCGCCGCCGAGCUGGUCUGUCGCGAGUGGCAGCGCGUCAUCAGCGAGGGCAUGCUGUGGAAGAAACUGGUGGAGAGGAAAGUGAGGACGGACUCCCUGUGGCGCGGGCUGGCUGAGAGGCGCGGGUGGAUCCAGUACCUGUUCAAACCGAAGCCGGGCUGGCAGCACCCGUCGCACGCGUUCUACAGACAAUUGUUCCCCAAGAUCAUACAGGACAUCCGAUCCAUUGAGGACAACUGGCGCGGCGGCCGGCACAACCUACAGAGGAUAAACUGCAGAUCGGAGAAUUCUAAGGGCGUGUACUGCCUGCAGUACGACGACAACAAGAUCGUGUCGGGCCUCCGAGACAACACCAUCAAGAUAUGGGAUAGGAAAACGUUGCAGUGUGUUAAGGAGCUCCAAGGCCACACGGGCUCAGUCCUCUGUCUCCAAUACGACUCUCGCGCCAUCAUCAGCGGCUCGUCAGACAGCACGGUGCGAGUGUGGGACGUGGCCACGGGCGCCAUGCUCAACACGCUGAUCCACCACUGCGAGGCCGUGCUGCACCUGCGGUUUAGCAACGGCAUGAUGGUCACUUGUAGUAAGGACCGUUCGAUAGCAGUAUGGGACAUGACCUCGACAACAGAGAUCAUGCUGCGGCGCGUGCUGGUCGGGCACCGAGCCGCCGUCAACGUCGUGGACUUCGACGAGAAGUACAUCGUCAGCGCCUCCGGAGAUAGGACCAUUAAGGUGUGGAACACCUCAUCCUGCGAGUUCGUGCGAACCCUAAACGGCCACAAACGGGGCAUCGCGUGCCUUCAAUACCGGGACCGGCUCGUCGUGUCUGGCUCCAGCGACAACACCAUCCGGCUGUGGGACAUCGAGUGCGGCCAGUGCAUCCGCGUGCUGGAGGGCCACGAGGAGCUGGUGCGGUGCAUACGAUUCGACAACAAGCGGAUAGUGAGCGGCGCGUACGACGGCAAGAUCAAGGUGUGGGACCUCCCCGCGGCGCUCGACGUUCGCACGCCCCACCAGGACCUGUGUUUAAGGACGCUAGUGGAGCACACGGGGCGCGUGUUCCGGCUGCAGUUCGACGAGUUCCAGAUCGUGUCCUCGAGCCACGACGACACCAUCCUCGUGUGGGACUUCCUCAACUACGGCGCGCAGCCGGCGCCGCAUCCGGAGCGAGACUGAUAAGGCAGAGCUGCCAACGGACUUUAUUUAUACAAAUCGCGAGCUCGCGGCUUGCGCACAGCCGGGACGAGUGAUAGUGAACGAACAGUGAAUACACCACGCAGUGAACGGACUAGCGGAGUGAAUAAAUAACUAUGACAAGUGACUGAAAAACUGGCUAUUGAAGAAUAGAUGCUGCUGGUUGAAUAGUCCACUAGACGCUUAAAAUGUAAAAAAAACAAAAGCUGAAAUGUUUGUGUGAGCUGCGCCCUGAUUGGUUGGUUUAGUUUAAGCUGCGCGCGGAUUGGCUGCCGGGUCAGGCUAUCGAUGGAUUGUGUGUCUGUUAUUGGUGACCAAAAUACGUCAGUUCUUCCAUGAUUGGUUUGUAUAGGUGUCGAGUUGUUUUUCGUUUUUGAACGUAUCGUUUGAGCUAGCCCAAGUGUUCGACUAUUUGUAAAUGCUAAGUGUCAGCAGCCUAUUUGUAAUCCGUUGUAAA